AUGGACCAGCGAGUACGUUCUUUGCAUGGUACGACUCCGGAUGGUCUUGCACCAGGUUCUAUGAAGUCUCUAGGUGAAAAUAAAUUACGUGCAUUUGAACAAGGCGCUGUUGCUGUUAACGCUCGCGCAAAUUUAUCACGUAAAGAACGUGAAGGUCUUCGUGCUAAAAUUGAAGCUAGUGAAACAGAAGAAGUUUUGAAACAAUUCGUUGCUGAUUUCGAAGAACCAGCAAAUAAAAACAAUAAAACUUUUAUCAAAGGUGGAGUUUUUAAUCCAGGUUCACAUGAAGAAACGCCAAGUGAUCGGGGAAAAGCAUAUCGAGUAUCAACAUCGUUAAAUAAAAAAGAGGAAUCAUCACAUAGCAAAGAUAUUUUACAACAACAAAUAGCUAGAAGUAAUGCAGCAGCAUUGGCAGCUGCAGCGGCUCUUUCAACAGCAGCCGAAAACAAACCAAAAUUAAAAAGUGAUCGUGAUAAACGCAAAUCGAAUUUAGAAUCAUUUAAAGAAGAACUUAAAAGAAUUCAAGAAGAACGCGAUCGUCGUCAUUUACAAAAGCAAAGAGAAAAAGAAGGAAAAUCUACAAGAUUUCAACCACCACCAUCUCUUUCUGUACAUUCGGAUCUUGCACUCGAUUCGGAUUCACUGCAUCAUGAAAGUCGUCAUGCAAGUGAAGAUCCAAAUACAACAAAUUUAUUUAUUAAUACAAUUCCUCGUUCGAUGAAUGAAGCGAGUAUUAUGGAAUUAUUUGGCCGUUAUGGGCCAUUAGCAAGUGUUAAAAUAAUGUAUCCAAGAAGUGAUGAAGAAAAAUCUCGUGGAACUAAUUGUGGUUUUGUAGCUUAUAUGAGUCGUAAAGAUGCUGAAAGAGCCAUGAAUGAAUUAAAUGGUUCACAAUUAGAUUCCAUUUCUGUUCGAAUGAGUUGGGGACGAGCCGUUCAUGUUCCACCACAACCCGUAUAUAUUCCACCUACGAUGAGAGAACUGAUUAUGCCACCACCUCCAUCUGGUUUACCGUUUAAUGCUCAACCAAAUACGAAGUAUCGUGCGUCUAAAUUACAAGAUAUUAUUGGUCGAGAGCAGGAACUUUCGAAAUUUCUUGAACAUACUACUGUCCGAGUGAUUAUUCCUCAUGAUAGAGCUCUACUAUGUUUAAUUCAUCGAAUGAUUGAAUUUGUUAUUCGUGAAGGUCCUCUUUUUGAAGCUAUGAUAAUGCACCGCGAAUUGAAUAAUCCACAAUUUCGAUUUUUAUUCGAUAAUCAAAGUCCUGCUCAUACGUAUUAUCGAUGGAAACUUUAUUCGAUUCUUCAAGGUGAUACUGUAGCUGCCUGGAGAACAGAUGCAUUUCGUUUAUUCAAAAAUGGUAGUCUAUGGUUACCACCACAACCACAACAAUUUACAUCCGGUAUGCCUGAUGAAGUUUUUGAAAAAGUCAAAAAAGAAACAGAAAUCGAAACAAUUAUCAAACCAGAAAUAAUUACACCCGUGAUAAAUCAAAGUAGUACAAGCAAUAAACGAGGUCGACUUAGUCAUCGACAAAGAGAUCAUUUUGAAGAUCUUUUACGAAACUUAACGCCAGAACGAAUGAAAAUUGGUGAUGCAAUGAUGUGGGCAAUUGAUCAUGCUGAAGCAGCCGAUGAAAUCAUUGACUGUAUAACAGAAUCACUUUCAAUUCUUCAAACACCGUCACAUAAAAAAAUUUCUCGACUUUAUCUAAUAUCAGAUAUUCUUCACAAUUGUAGUGUGAAAGUAACUAAUGCGUCACAUUAUCGACGAGGAUUUGAAGUUCGCUUACCAGAUAUAUUCCAACAAAUUCAUCAAGCAUGGUCAUCUAUUGAUGGACGACUUCGUGCUGAACAAUUCAAACAAAAAGUGAUGAGUAGUUUUCGCGCAUGGGAAUCUUGGGCAAUCUAUCCAAGCGAUUUUCUUAUCAAACUUCAAAAUGUAUUUCUUGGUCUCGUACGACCAAAAGUCGCCCCAGAAAUCGAAGUCAAAAAAUCAACUUUCGAUGAUGAUAUUGAUGGUAAACCAAUUAAUCAUGAACCAACUGAUAGUCGACCAUUAGCACUUGUGGCUGAUUAUGACGAUGAAGAAGAUAUUGAUGGAAGACCCAUAUCAAUGUUAAGUUCAUCAGUCGAUGAUGAUAUCGAUGGUCGACCAUUGAAUAAUAAGCGAGAAUCUCGGCCACGUUUUCAUGAAGAAAUAGAAGACGUUUCUUCGUCAUCAUCCACAGUUAAACCUCGUUUUGUUCCAACAAAAUGGGAAUCUGUAGAUCCAACACAAGUAGCGACUCAAGCUGCAACUAUUUCUAAAUGGGAUUUUGAUCAAGAAUCAGCUAUUAAAGGAAAUGAAAGUCUAUAUGAAGAUUUAGCUGACAUAUCAAGAACAACAUUCGAUAAUAAUAAUCCUAACAACGAUGAAAAUAUUAGAAAUAAUUCAUCAGCAAGUACUCAUAGUAUUGAUAAUACAAUAGCGCCAGAUUCAUUAUCAACGUCCGAUGUGUCAGAAGAACGACGUCAAAAAUUACGAGAUGUUGAAGUUCAGGUAUUGAAAUAUACAGAUGAAUUAGAAUCUGGACGACGUGCACGUGCAUAUGGUCUUUCAUUAACUGAAGAAAUUGAAUUAUAUCGACAAAAUCUAUUAAAAAAGAUUGAAGUUGACGAAAAAUCGAGAACUUUUUCAUCGCCGGAUUCAUCGAAACUGCCAAAUCGCACGUCAACGUCAAAUAAACAACAGCCAGACACGUCAAGAAAUAAUACAUCACGAUAUUCUCAACAACGAAGCAUCGACGAGAAAAAUCAAGAAACUAGUUCGCGUCGCGACGAUUCGUCUUCUAGACAUAGAUCAACUUCAACAAGAAGUAAUUCAUUAGGUUCAAAUCAAUCUGAUUCUGCACGACCAUUAUCGUCCAAAAUGACUACUGAUCAUCACCAUCAGCAUCAUCAACACAAACGGAAGCGCGAAGAACGUUCACCAUCGCCGUCCUCUCGUCAUUCUAGACCCAAUCGCCGAUAA